AUGGUGAAGAAAAUUUUUGAGGUGGAUUUCGAAUGCGGAAGCCAUUAUACGGAUGCCACAGGCAGACACAGUCUUUCACCAUUACAAAAAUGUACCGGAGCUAUGCAGGUGUUGGCAUAUGGAACAUCAGCAGAUGCACAUGAUGAAUAUUUGAGAAUGAGUGAAACUGUAACAAAGGAUGCUCUUAUAAAGUUUGUGGAAGGUGUUAUUUCAUGCUUUCGUGAAGAGUGCCUUAGACGCCCCAAUCAAGAUGGUUUAGAACGACUGCUCCAUAUUGGAGAAGAACGUGGAUUUCCAGGUCGAGCACCAAAGGUGAGUUACACUGUGGAUGAUCAAGAAAAUCAUAUGACUUAUUAUCUCACUGAUGACAUAUAUCCUUCAUGGGCUGCCUUUGUCAAGUCAAUAAGUUCUCAACAACUUCAAAAACAUAAGUUGUUUGCUGAACAUCAAAAGGCUGCUAGAAAAGAUGUUGAACGAGCAUUUGAAGUUUUACAAGCUCGUUUUGCAUUUCUUCAUCGCCCUUGUCUUGUGUGA